AUGGCAGUAUGCGAUGUAGACUACAAGUUUUUAUUAGUUGAUAUUGGUGAUAGUGGCCACCAAAGUGACGCAGGUCUCCCCCAACCAAGAUAUUUUCGUGGAUAUGAUGAGGUGAAUUUCCCUUAUGUUUUCGUUGGAGAUGAGGCAUUGCCUUUAAAAAUCAACUUGGUUAAACCUUAUCCUCAUAAUUUAUUAAAUGAUGGAAGGCGCAUAUUCAACUACAGGCUAUCAAGAGCUAGGCGAGUAAUAGAAAAUACAUUUGGUAUAUGCGCAUCCAGAUUUCGAAUCUUUCGCAGGUCCAUAAAUGGCACUGUAAAACACGCUACAGAAAUAACAAAAGCAGCAGUAGCCUUGCAUAAUUUUUUAAUGGAUGAUAGGAAAAUGUAUUGCCCGUCUGGCUUUGGUGAUUGUGUUACAAAUGGUAUGCUGAAAGAGGGUAGUUGGAGAGAUGAAGAGAAUUUUCAAGGAGCUUUAUUAGACAUUAAAAGAGUGCCUUUAAACAAUUUUACAUUGCAGGCUAAGGAAGUUCGUGAUAGUUUUUGCGAGUACUUUAUGACAGACAUUGGAUGUGUUUCCUGGCAACAAAAUGCAGUGAACUCCACUGCAGACAUAUUUGACUCAAAAGUAAAUAUUUUUUAUAUUUAUAUUUAG